AUGGACGAAAGGGCCGUGGCCAUUCCGUCACAGGGCGGAGAUGAACUUUUUGCCAAGUACUUCGCGGAAAUCACGCUUGAUGUUGUUGAGGAGCACACUUUCCUGAAACGUGCCAUGGAAGAACCAGGGCCCCGCUACGUCCACCUGCGUCGCAGCUCCAUCGGGACCGUGACCGUCCCUCCUCACAUCGAGGAGAAUCAGCCUGGCAAGCUUGUGUCCCAGGUUUGGACUGGGCACCCCAAGGUGGAUCGGACCCUGUUCAUCAUGGACCGCCGUGCCGAAAAUCGGCUGCGGGAAGUGAAAGCCGUCGGCACGCAGAAGAGCAUCCCCAUGCUGAGAGGCGUCGCUUGCUCCAAGAAGAACUAUGGGGCUCGGCUUGGACCAGAGCCUUUUGGGGACUCCUUCCGUGCUAAGUACUUGAACUCGCAGAAGAAGUCUCCGGUGGCAACUGCCCCUCCCACGCUGAUGGAUAAGACGGACGACUAG